AUGGUCAAAACCGACAGAGAUCAAAACCCCCUAGAUCCCAAUUACGAAAAGCGCCGCAGCUCUCUUGGAGAAAUGGAGGACCAACAGAAGAACCAAUCCGAUGCCAAAUAUGAGGAUCUCAUGGUAGACAGAGAAGUCGCCCCAUCUGGCCGUGAAAUGUGCGCGGAGCUUGCCCACCAACAUGCCUUGGAAGGUGUGCACAAGAACACAGAGCGUCGGUCUUCACAGGAGGUAGAUCACACUUCCUUCCUCUCUGAUAUAAGUACCGACCGUGGACUCCAGGAACAGCCUGAAAAAGUCGAGGAGUAA